UUAGAGGAUUGAAACAUUGAGAAAGCAACCAGUGAGAUGAACACUGCAGAGGACUGGGGCCUCAUCUUAGACAUCUGUGACAAAGUUGGACAGUCACGCACAGGACCUAAGGACUGUCUCCGCUCGAUUAUGAAGAGAGUGAACCAUAAAGAUCCCCAUGUUGCGAUGCAAGCAUUAACUCUUCUAGGAGCAUGUGUAUCGAACUGUGGUAAAAUCUUUCAUCUAGAAGUCUGUUCAAGAGAUUUUGCCAGUGAAGUAAGCAAUGUGUUGAAUAAGGGUCAUCCAAAAGUUUGUGAAAAGCUGAAAGCCCUUAUGGUGGAAUGGACUGAUGAAUUCAAGAAUGACCCACAGCUUAGUUUAAUAUCUGCUAUGAUAAAAAAUCUUAAGGAGCAAGGAGUUACUUUCCCAGCUAUUGGUUCACAGGCUGCUGAACAGGCAAAAGCAAGUCCAGCUCUAGUUGCCAAAGAUCCUGGUACAGUAGCCAACAAAAAGGAAGAGGAGGAUUUAGCUAAAGCUAUUGAACUGUCACUAAAAGAACAAAGGCAACAGCAAACAACACUUUCCAGUUUGUAUCCAAGCACCUCAAGCCUUUUAACAAAUCACAAACAUGAGGGCCGAAAGGUUCGUGCAAUCUAUGAUUUUGAGGCUGCUGAAGACAACGAAUUAACUUUUAAAGCUGGAGAACUUAUAACUAUCCUUGAUGACAGUGAUCCAAAUUGGUGGAAAGGUGAAACUCAUCAGGGUAUAGGAUUGUUUCCAUCUAAUUUUGUAACAGCUGAUCUUUCCGCUGAACCAGAAAUGAUGAAAGCUGAGAAGAAAACAGUGCAGUUCAGUGAUGAAGUUCAAGUAGAGACAAUAGAACCUGAGCCUGAACCAGUUUAUAUCGAUGAAGAUAAAAUGGACCAACUGUUGCAGAUGUUACAAAGUGCAGAUCCAUCUGAUGACCAGCCAGACCUCCCAGAACUGCUUCAUCUUGAGACAAUGUGUCACCAGAUGGGACCUCUCAUAGAUGAAAAGCUGGAAGAUAUAGACAGGAAACACUCAGAACUCUCAGAGCUCAAUGUUAAAGCAAUGGAGGCUCUUUCUUUGUAUAACAAAUUGAUGAAUGAAGACCCAAUGUAUUCCAUGUAUGCAAAACUACAAAACCAACAGUAUUAUAUGCAGUCAUCUGGUGUUUCUGGCUCUCAGGUUUAUCCGGGGCAACCUCAAAGUAAUGCAUAUUUGGUGGCAGGGAGUGCACAGAUGGGCCAUAUUCAAGGCUAUAAUCUUCCCCCCGAACAGCUCUCUUCUCUCAGCCAAGGCACAGUUACUCCAUCUGCCAGCUCAGUGCUGCCUGGUCAGCCUGCACAGACGUCUUACUCAAAUGCAAUGGUUGGCUCUGUUGCUGGAAAUACUUACUCUAACCAGGCUUCAGUGUAUAGUCCACCACCUGCUACUGUUGAUGUUGCUUCUUAUCAAAAUGCUGGAACUAAUGUGUCCCAGGUGCCAAACUAUAACUUAGCAUCUACACCUCUGCCACAGACAGCAAGCAGUCAACAAGCACCACCACAACAACCACAGCCUCCGCCAUCUCAACAGCCACAACAUAGUUACUCACAAAAGGCUCUGCUAUAGGACCCAGGACUUCUGAUUCCUAAUCUUUAACCUCUGCUAAAGGCAGUUGGCAAUUCUAUGAGUCUCUUCCUUUAAUAUCUUAAACUUUGUUUAUCCUCAGCUUAAUCUUGGUGAACAAGUUCAAUUUGCACUGACUUUUUAGGAUUUUUUUUUUUUUUAAUUUUGCAGAGGAACAGAUAUAUUUAGGACAUUUGAUUCCUUUUAAAAUGCCUAAAAAUUGGUACAAGGUUAUUUAUGUCUGGUAAAAUUGGCUAGUCUGUGAAAAGUCAACACUUGCAAACUGUUGUGGCAUAUAUGUUAUGUACAUAGAGUGUGUGAUUGCAGUAGUGGCCAUUUCGUAUAGCUAUGAUGAUCAUGUGAAUAUAUUUAACUCAAUGUUUAAAAAUAAUUUACUUCUUUAUUUUAGUCAUGAACUGACAAUUUCAUAGUUUUGUCUAGUUUUAUGACAUAUGUGGUGUCUUUUUCCAAUGCAGGAAAAGCAGUAAUUCUGUGUAUCAUGGUUACACUUACAAGCUAAGUUCUAUAUAUGAAUUUACAAACUUACCUGAGUCUAGGUUUCAUUACUUCUUGAACUGAACACAAGUGUAUCAUGACUAUUAGAUGGCUUAUCUACCAAAGUAAACUAGUUAACUAGUAAGUGAUUUGGGGGGUUAACAGCAAAUUAUGAUUCUGCUUCAGAUAUAAUUAAUAACUUAAAACUACUAUUUAGAGGCUGCUAAACAUAUCAUGGGACCAUGCACCAGAUCAGGAUCUUGCAUUUUAUCAUGAAAAGCAUGUAAUUUAUUUUUUCCAAGUUCUUUUUUACAAUAAGAUCCAGAACUGUAUUCUAUGUGUGUUGGUAGAGAUGACACCAGAGACAGAGGAAUUGAGUUGGAAGCGGAACGAUGGAUUUUUAAACUGGAACACACAAUAUGAAUAACACUACUUCAUUCAAGUCUUCUUAAUUAGAAUACGGAGAAUUAUGGACAUUUAAAUCACUUUGCUGAACAAACCUUCAGGACUUUGUUUUAUCUCUUGUGGCCUUGCUUAGCAAUUUGUUCUGUUUACUGUUCUUACACUUCUGCCUUAAACAUCUGUUUCAAUUUCCAGUUGUACCAUUUGAGUUUAUUAGCUCUUCCAUAGUAUGAAUAGUUUGAGGCAUUUUAUUUUCAUUCACUUUCAGGUUACUUUGAAUUCUCUUCUGCAGCAACAUGCGUUAGCAUUUUUUUUAAACUCUUGCAUUUCUCAGUAACUUAGCCAGGUGGCUCUUUAAGGCAUUGAUAUUUUCUUUCUGUAGCUAAAGUGCUAUAAAAGGAGGAACGCGUUAAUGGAAGGCAGCAUUUUAGAUAUGUUUUAGAUGUUUGAUCAGUUUCUUGUACAAAGACUGUUUUACUUUGCAUUUGUAUUUGUAUUCAAUCUGUUAAUGCAUCCUGGUUUUCUCUUAUCUUUUGCAGUGACUCUAAUUCCACUUAAAGCAAUAGUAGAUGGCUUCAACAUCAGAGAUGUGUUUUCAGUCUUGUUAGUGUGUAUGUCAGAAAUUGUUCGCUUUUGUGUACGAUAUUUUAGUGUGAUGCUUCUGGAAUUAAAUGUUGCAGUUGUACAUACUGUAAGCUGACCUUAGUUAUCCCAUACACUCCUGCAUCUGUCCACAGUUACUUAACAUGCCUUUGUUUCACUGUUUUAAUAGACACUGGUAUUUCACCUUUUAAUGCUUUCAGAUGACAGCUUUGCAUAACUUCAAACAGGGGUGGUUACAAACAUGUGCCCAUAGCUGAUAUGUUCCAGUUGUGGAUGUUCUAGCCAGCUGGCUGUUUUGAUACUAGUAUUUUUAUGGGUUUUUUUCUCUAGAAUUCUUAAGCACCCUCACAAACUGUCAUUACUUCAGUACUUGGUGUCAUCACAAAAGUCUGUGCAAUUUGAGAGGAAGUACUAAAAAACCCACUAAAUCCAAGAUACUGUGUCAUAGAUAAUUUUUAAUAGAUCGAAGGGGUAAAUUUCUUUAGAAAUGGCAUGUAGUAUCAUUUAGAUAGUGUUUUCUAUAUCCUUCAGGUACAUUAUUCUAAAAUCAGAGAAACUAUGUAUAGAAGUGUGUAAUUUCUGCACAAACGUGAAAAUAACUUUUUAAUCCAUACUUCUUAGGCCCUGAUUCAAGGAGAAGCUUGAAGCUUUGAAAUAAUCCAGCUGACAUUGACUAUUUGUAUUCUUAGGUUUUCACAUGUUGUAUCACAUGUUCCCUAAUAACGGCCUAUGGAACCUCUGUACAGAAAUGACUUGGCAAAAAAUAAUUUUUGCUACUAAUUUGUCUUUGUUUUUAGAAUUUUUGAAGUCUUCUUUCCUUAACACACAGAAAUGCUUGUUCCUGGCUUCUCCUUUGAACACUGAAAACUUAAAUGUAUCUUAAGUUUUUCUGCUUUCUAACUUACAUAUUUUGGGCAUUUAUCCAUUUUCAAGAAAAUUAAAAUCACCUUUCAUUUGUGUUCAUCAUGACCAUAAAACACUUUCUCAAAUGCAAUGCCACUAUAAAUUCAAUAUAAUGAAAGUUGAGAAAAAAAGAUGGCCACUUUUUAUUUUUCUUCUUGCCUUUAUUAGAGUCACUGCUCUAAGGUAUCUCCUGUAACAAAUUGUGAAUUUUAGUUGAAUUGGAAUAAUUUUUCGUUGUCCACAAUUAGUGCAGUAGAUCACUAGUGUCUUAGCAUUUUUGCUGCAUCCAUCAGAUACAAUUUUCAGAUUAAACUUGGAGCUGUAUUGCUUUGUGUGGAUUUAUCUCAUUUAACAGGAAAGAUUAUUUCAUCUUUUUGUUUGGUGGUAGUAUUCCAUGUGCUAGAUAUUGUAAAGUGAUGCCUCUUCCUACCUUGCUAGAUGCUGUCAUUGCACAAACUCCUUCACUCAUCCUAAGUGAUAAUUUAGCAAUUAUAUUUCAGUUCACCUCUUCUCUGCUGGUUUGGUAUCAUUAACCUGGAGAUGCCACUCCUGGUGCUUCUCUGUUAUUUAUUCUGAUAGUCCUCUUUUAUGCAUUGUUUUGACCAAGUUCACAUAUGUUCUGUCUUACUAUAGUAUUGAACACUGAAAUAUGGGUGAGAGGGGGAAAGUACAUGUACAGCUACUGUAUCAAAAAGCUUUUUAGCAAACAAAUAAAGUGUCAGAAAGUUAAUCUAUUUGAAAGUUAAGAAUCCCUGGAAAUAUGUUGUUCACGUUCCAGUAGAAGAUCUAAUUUUUGAAUGUCUUGUUUCUUUACAUGUAAAUUGUUAAUGAAAUGCUAAAAUGUUUUCAUAAUAUUUUGUAUAACCGUUUGUUAUUUAACCCUUUCAUUAAGAAAUACAAAAAUGUAAAUUAACUUCAGAAGGAGUAUUUUAGUGGCUUGGUUGUCAUGAACUGGAGCAAACUCUGGAAAGUGCCUUCUGUGCAUUUUGCUUCUAUAAACAAAGCUUGUUUACCCUUGUGUAUCAUCUCAGUUUGUGGGCAUAAGAAAGAUGUAAAGAUUUACUGUAAAGCAUCCUGGGAAAAAUAGUGAGGGAGCGUGUUAAAAUUUGCUACACUGACGUCAUGGCAGCGUGUUCAAGAGUGCGCAGUUGCAGGAACAGUGGCAACAUUUACCCACCUCUGUUUAGUAACUGGUACCCAUGUAGAUGUGUGUUUAAUGUCACUGGCCAUAGUACAUAUGGACAGCAGUAAAAAAACAGUAAAAAGGAACAGAAGAUAAGGGUUGACCCCAUGCUUCUCAACAGGUGUGGAGCAGCGUAUUGCCUUCAUGGAACAGUUACUGUUCAUGAAUUGGGGGAACUGAAAGAAAUUUGAGUAACCAGAGCUUCUGAGAAUUCUGCCAGACUGCAAAUGCUUAGAUGUAACAAAGGAGAUAAAUUUGUUUCUAAUAGCAUGUACAUAUUUUGCUGAUCAAAUCUAGGCUGCUAUUAUAGUUCUCUGAUUUCAUCUAGAUGGCAGGAACAUCAGAUUUAUGCUGGAGAACUGCUUAAUACCUCAUUCUCCAAUUGUUUUAGUAUUUUCACUAAUAUCACCUUAUUUUUCACUCACACUUCAAAGAUAUCCGUGCAGUCUUUACAUAUAAAGGUCUUACCUUAUUCUUUGUCUGCUGGGUUUCACAGACAGCUACAGUGGCACUUUGAAUUACAUAACUGCAGCUCCCUUUGGAGAAGAUGCAUGUAACUGUUUUGAAAAAUAAGGGAGCAUCAUUUUUCCAGUUAAAACCAGGAGGAUUUUUUUUUUUUUU